GUUGCACUUUGCAAGAGACUCCGAUGAGUCCGAUCGUUGAACCUGUCCAUGCUUUCCCCGUUCUAAUAUUGCCUGCUCCAAGGCCUUUACUAAUCAGUACCUAGAAAAGCAUGGCGCGACUACUACUAAUAUGAAGUAUCCAGUGUGCCCGGGCCCGGUUGGUUUGCCUCUUCCAGUCCGUCAUUAACCGUUUCGAUUCCAAACUCUAUUGGCCUUCUCAAUACACCAUCACCUUGCCGCUGUCAACUUCCGCAGAGCUACCGCCAUCCAUAAUCACCACGAACGCUACGAGCUUGGUUUCGCAUUUUUGAAUGAAUUCGCGUGCGGUUGUAGACAGCCAAGCUUCGGAUAAGUAUUUGCGAAUUGCGUCCAUUUCCAUUGCAUUGUACGACUAUGUGAUAACGCUCCCCGCAGAAUGGCGGUUUUACAGAAGUCAACCCUCAAUCUUUCACCUCAGUAUCGCCUGUAUCUUAUUCAUCCUCAUACGCUAUGUUAGUAUCGUUGUCAUGCUCCUCAGCAAUUAUGGAUAUUUCGCCACCAACAUCACCCCAGAAAUUUGUCAACAUUACUUCAUUUUGGCGCCUAUCUUCAAAGUUUUACAAACGAUGGUAUCGCAAGUCAUCAUCGGUUUCAGGACAUGGAAUAUUGCAAGGAGAAAUAGGCGGAUAGGACUUACUCUAGUGCUGCUAUUCCUCACUGCAGUUACGCUGGAGUGGUUCACCAAUAUGUUUGACCGGAUCCCUGUCACUGAUGAGCCUGGAAACUGUACCCCAGGAAAUGCUGGUAAAACAUUGUCCGCCUGGCUUUACUACGUCACUGCGAUGAUGUAUGAUCUCGUUAUUUUAACAAUUUCCACAACGCAUCUUCUGCAAUAUGAUGUUCUCAGCAACAGGUUGGAGCGAAUAGUACGGGUCCUGAUGUAUGAUGGCAUUGGAUAUUUGGUCGUACUGACAGGAUCGAACGUAUUGAACAUAGUACUGUAUCGCGAGUCUGAUAUCCAAACUCAGUCGGCAGGGGCAUCAAUAGGUUAUGCUGUAACGUGGAUCAUGAGCCAACGAAUUCUCAUCCAUUUACGAGGUGCGCAACACCCCGGUGUUCUCUUCUUCGGCUGACGUUCACAAUUCCCAUUACUUCCGUUAUCACCCCCCCGUUCACAUCGCACAAAAGAAAUGCAACAAGCCCCGCAUA